AUGAGCUACUGCAGGAGCUACUAUGGAGGCCUGGGCUACGGCUGUGGAGGCUUCAGUGGCCUGGGCAGUGGUUAUGGCUGUGGCUGUGGGAGCUUCCGCAGACUGGACCAUGGCUUUGGCUAUGGAGGCUAUGGAUAUGGCGGCUGCCGUCCAUCUUUCCAGGGUGGAUAUGGAUUCUCCAGCUUCUAUUGA